UCCCGCCCCCGCUCCGCCGCCGUUGCCGCCGCCGGAAGUGACGUUCCCCGCGGCGCGGCGCGCGGCCGGAAGCGGCGGCGGAGGAGGCGGCACCGGCCGGAUGUGAGGGGAGGCGGCGGGGCCCGGCGGGGGCGGCCCCGAGGUUUCCUGCUGUGACCAUGCGCAUGUGCCACCAAGAGCAGCCCUCUCCGACACCGCGUGGUUUAAACCGACUGCUGGAGGAGGAUCCCUCGCAGCACGGGAUCCGGCUCAGGAGGUGUGUGAGGCAGAUCCUGGUGCCUCUACGGAGCAGGGCAGAGCUGGCCAGCAUGCAUGCGACUGCUGUCUCCAGGCUUUCCUCCCCACAGGGCCUUUGGGGCAACAACUUCAAGGCUGAAGGCUGGCUUGUUGGCCGUUGUGGAGGCUGAAGGUUGCUCUGCCCCAGCCAGGGACACCGUCUCUCUCCGUACAGGCCACACACCAGUGUCACGAGAGGGUCCUGUCUGGCUUGGCAGCCGGUGCCUGGAGCCAUGGAAGAGCAGCCAGGUUCUCCAGCCUGCGAGCCCCCCUUUUCCCUGCGGCGUGUCUGCGUUUCCGAAGAUGGGCCUGAAGGUGAGGAGCAGGAGGAGACUCCAGAGAAGGACGCCCCCCAGGCACAGCUGGCGGGAGACUCCCCAGAGAGGCACAGGCAGGUUUCUCCUCGCCGUUCAGGACGCUGCUGGCAAGGACGUGGUUCCCUCACCCCUCAGGACGUGGACAGCCCCAGCCAGAAGGCAGGAGAGGGUGAGGGGGGUGCCCCGUGCCCCGAGCCCAAGGCACUGGGGGAGCUGCAGCCCCGCAGGCCGUUCCGGAGGAAGCACCGGCUCUACCUGAAGCCCAAAUCGAGCCCGGCCCCGGCAUCUCCAGGACCUGGGGAGAGAGCCGAAGAGCCAGGGCCCUCCCGGGGAAAGAGGCUGCGCUUGAUCUGGGGACAGGCCGGUGACUUCCGACAGAAGAAAAGCCAUUUGGAGAACGGGCUGGAGGAGGCCCCCCUCAUGCCCCAGAGCAGCGAAGAAGAGGAGGAGGGAAAAGGUUCCCGGUCCUGCUCCCCUGAGCCGCCUCUUCCCGGGGAUGCCCGUCCCAAGCCGGACUUUGUGCAGCUGAUUGACGAGCACGGCAUCUACUCCACCGCCAAACUCGUGCUGGGCGGCGCAGCGGGCGAGCUGGAGGAGGCAGCAGUGGUGCUGCCGCCCCACCUGAAGCGGGGCGCGAGCGUGGCCAGCAGCGGGGCCGAGUUCGAGAUCCGCGAGGUGAUCGUGGACGAGAAGCCCUUCCAGUGCGGCGUGUGCGAGAAGGCCUUCAAGCGGGCCUGGGAGCUCUUCAGCCACGAGGUGGUGCACAACGAGGAGCGCCCCUUCCGCUGCGACCUCUGCGAGGCCUCCUUCAAGCGCCACUCGGACUUCAAGAGCCACCGGCUGGUGCACACGGAGGAGCGGCCCUUCCGCUGCGAGCUCUGCGGCAAGCGCUUCAAGCGCUCCUCCAACCUCCAGGAGCACCGGCGCAUCCACACGGGCGAGCGGCCCUUCCACUGCGCCUGCUGCGACAAGAGCUUCAAGACGCCCUACGAGCUGCAGCGCCACACGCUCACCCACUGCACCGAGAAGCCCUUCAAGUGCGCCGACUGCGGGAAGGACUUCCCCACCUCCAACGCCCUCCUCCUGCACCAGCGGCAGCACUGCGACGACAAGCCCCACGUCUGCGGCGUCUGCGGCAAGAAGUUCACCUACGGGCACAGCCUCAAGGUGCACGAGCGCGUGCACACGGGCGACCGCCCCUUCGUCUGCCCGCUCUGUGGCAAGGGCUUCAAGCAGUCCAACGCCCUCUCCUCCCACGAACGCGUGCACACGGGCGAGCGCCCCUUUGUCUGCAAAACCUGUGGGAAGGCCUUCAAGCAGUCGUCCUACCUGGUGAUCCACGAGCGGGCGCACACUGGGGAGCGGCCCUACAAAUGCGAGGCGUGCGGUAAAGCCUUCGCCCGGCCCUCCUUGCUGCUGCAGCACCACCGCGUGCACAGCCAGGAGCGGCCCUACAAAUGCAGCUUCUGCCACAAGUUCUUCAAGGACCUGGCCUACCUGGCUGUGCACGAGAAGGUGCACACAGGCGAGACCCCCUACAAGUGCAGCGUCUGCGACAAAGGCUUCGCUCACCCAUCCAACCUGCUGCAGCACCAGCGCGUGCACCGCGACGGCUGAGCCCCACAGCGGCGUGCGCAGCGCGAGCGUUUUGAGGCCAAGAAGCCCACAGCCAUAAGCGAGUGUGCUGCAAGCAUGUCUGCAGCAACAGACGAGCCCCGGGCUGGCCUGCCGCAGCACGUGUUCCCAUAGGUGUGCAGGGGACUGCUGCAGCGUCCCUGGAGAGGAGCCCAAAAAGUGGGUGCUGCUGCAGCUCUUCUCCCGAGCCCGAACCCAGCAGGGCUUCAGCUGCAUGGCUUUUCUCUGCCAAACCCUGACAUGUGCCGUUCUCCCCGUACUCCUCCCAGAGAGGUGAUCCCACAGGGGUCCUAACUGAGCUCUGAGGUUUAGGAUCCUGUCUCCCAGCCGGUGCUGCCCGCAGGGAGGUGGCGUGCCGUCCAUGAGCGCUGCUGGCCGCAGGCUGGCCGGUGGCAGCGAGCUGUAGCUUGUGGCACACCCCCGUUGGGCAACUUCGAGUCCUGCUGGGAGGCCGUGGUGGCUUCCAGAGGUGAUCUGGGCUGGCCGAGGCUGCAGUGCGGCUGAGAGCCAGUGUCCAGAGCUCUGAAGAACAGCAUCAGCCAGGCCGUGGCAAGCCCUUUGUUGGGCAUGAUGCUAAGGGAUGCUUCUUCUCCCCCCAGUGCUGCAAAGAGGACUUAAUUUAGUCACCCCAGUAAGCAUAGCUCAGCCUGGCCCUCCAACAGGCUCCGUCAGCACGUCUGCCUGGUGCUCUGGGGCCACGCUGCUGCCUUCCUGGAGUGCAAGGUGUAGGCUGAGUGUUCCUGGGGAGCCCCUCAAAGCAGGGGAACGCUGCUGCCUGUGACUGAGCCCUGCAGCAGGAGCCCCAUCCAUCUUUUGGGAGGUGUAUAUCAGUGAAAAGUAUGGUGGGGAACAGCAGUGUGCAGGCACCUCCCUUUCCUUCUAAUGAAUGUUUAGUGUUCCGUCCAUAUUUCACGCUGCUGCUACCGAUCAGGUUAAUGAUGAAAGCAGUGCCCUUCGCCCUGCUGUGCAGGGGCCACGCGGGCGCUUUGCUGGUACAGCACCACGCAGGCUGCCUCUGUUCAGCAGCCUGGUUCUCCCCCCAGGCAGGGAGCAGAGGUGGGGUUGUGCUGGCUGCAGAUUGUGUGUUCUCAUUUAAAAUUUGGCCUCAAGGCACAGGGGAAGGGGUGGGAGUGGAAGGGUGACCCUCGGAGAGCUGGAGCAAGGAAGAGAAGGUGCUGCCCAAUUUGUGCUGGUGGUGGAGUGUCUUUUGGGAGCUACUGUCUUGCCUCUCCCAGCCCAUCUGGAGGAAGGAGCCCACCAUGGAUUGGAAACACUAACCCUCUUUUCUGCCCCAGGGUGCCGGUGAGGCAGGUAGGGAGCAGAAGAGGGGGGUGCAAAUGCUGUGAUCCACUUUGGGAGCCUUGUCAAGGGACAACCCGUGCUGUAAGCUGUUCCUAGCUGCCUGUGGGACCUGGACGAGGAAGGGGUGAGCACACAAAACCAGCGCUGGAUCCUCCUUGUUCCCGUGCUGUGUGUGCCCAGUGCGUCCUACGACAGCACCAGGUCGAGAGCCACCCGAGCUGCUGCCGCCACCGAAGUCUGGAUUUGUUCUCUUUGACUGAUGGCUGCUCCUGCUGCUGGGCAGAGGGUGGUGCGUGGACCUUUCCUUGUGAAGGCAAGCACCGGCCUCCAAUCUGAGCCGCCUUGGAGGGGCCCGGUGUCACGGGCACCUUCCUGCACGCUGUGGGCCUGGAGGUGCCAACCCUCGGACUCCCAGUGAUCCUGGUCCUACCCCAUCCCCCUUUUGUAUGGUUCCUGUAGCACUGGGGGCGGGAGGGGAGGUGUGCUCCUCAGCACUCUGCACACUAAUUACAGGACAGUUAUUUAACGAUG